AUGCAGGAAGCUGAGGAAAUUGAUACAUGUCGCAUAUGCAGUGGCCCGGCAGAGCCUGGCCAGCCUUUAUUUCAUCCCUGCAAGUGCUCGGGCACGAUUCGGUACAUUCACCAGGACUGCCUCACGACCUGGUUGGCACAUAGCAAGAAAAAGAGCUGCGAUGUAUGCAAGCACCCGUAUUCGUUCACUAAAGUCUACUCUACCGAUAUGCCCUCAAAGCUGCCAGUGACACUUGUCAUCCGGCGCCUCUUGCAACAAACAAUAUGGGGUAUUUUGUUUGUCAUCCGUGCAAUCGUGGUAGGAACCAUUUGGUUGGCUAUCUUACCUUUGAUGACUAUAUGGACAUGGAGGAUGUACUUCUCCAUGGGAGAUUAUACUGCAUGGUGGAUAAGCGAUCGUCACCGGCCGUCAUCCGAUCGUUUCAUACCGAAUUCACUCUACCAAACCGUACCAGCCCCGGUCAACAUCACCUUCCCUCCCCUAACGCUACAAUUCUCAGGUCACCCAAUGUGGCUCACACUCUCUUCGGACAUUUUUACUGGUCAAAUCAUCGCGUCGAUUAUCGUUCUCACAUUUGUUGCCGUUUUCUUGCUUAGGGAGUGGAUCUCACAAAAUGCUCGUCCUGGUGUGUUCGAGGAUGAGGAACUUCCCGAUGGAGACCAGGUGCCUGCUCCCCCGAGACGAGUCGAAGCCCGGGUGAACGAGUUACCGGAGCAACUCGCCCAACGACAAGUGGAAGCAAUUCAGGCGUUAGAAGCACUGCGCGCCGCUGAAAUCCAGAACGGGAUUGAUCGUGACGGUAGACGAAUCCUACCCCAUUGGCAGUUCGCAGUCAACGAAGAGAACCCUCCGAAUGACGAAUUCGAAGCUCCUCCGCGUAUCCCACAACAAAAGAGGGUAAGACGAAUCAAGCGGCCACUCACAGGAGGGGAUGGAGAGGAUCCGGCAGGGGAGCGAGGGCUGGUUGUAGAAAGCGAAAUCGAGCGCUUGCGUAGGAAGGCCUUUAAUAGGCGGCUACAGGCGGCAAGGGUGUAUGGUGCCCGACGGAAAGCGCAGGUGGGGGGGACGUUGCCUCUCGUGGAGCGAGAACUCGACCGGAGAGAUUUGGUGAGGGACCCCAUACCCCCAUUUGAAUUUACAUUUAGGGCGCCAGGCGAUGAGGAGCUUCGUCGGCCUGCGUCGGCACCUGAGACGAUGCAAAGUACUGCUGCGCUCAAUCACGAAGCUAUUGAGGCGCUAUUUCGCCCUCCAUCAGCUCAAGACACGCCGUCAUCUCAAGAGACGCCGCCAUCAUCGGCCGCACCUCCACUACCAUUCUCACUCUCCUCCAUAUCGCUACCCCCGCCUCCCAGCUACUCUCCUCCUAGCUACCCUGGUCCUCCUUUGGACAACGAUGAGACUGUAGAAGCUACACCCCAGCUUCCCAGGCGACCACCUCUUCCCACCGUAACAUUACCGUCCGUCGAUUUUUCUACUCAGCCUCUGUCAACUUCUUCCAAUGGAGGGAGAGCUACUGCCUCGCCAUUGGUUUCACCUAGUCUGGCUACGUACUGCGCGCCAGAGGAGUUCAAUUCAGAAGCCGGUCCUUCCUCCUUGGCGAGUUACUUCACUGGCCCGAAACAAGGCGCGCUCGGGUUGAACACCAGCGAGGGCGAUGAUGCAGAUAGCAUGGCAGUCCAAGAUGGUUCUUCCAGUUCUUCAUGGGAUGCAUCUCUCUCUUCUGGGUUGCACGGGGCCACCCCCACCGUUCCGACGGAAGACAAUGAGGUCACAGCAACAUUGGCAGAUGAUUCAGAGGACGAUCUCGACGAUGUUCCAGAGGACUUAGCGAUGGAUAGAAUGACUCCUUCGCAGCUCAGGGCAGCCCGUGAUAAAUACUUCGCGCUUGCGCUUGCUGGAAGGAACUCGGGAUCCUCAGCGGCCGGCGAUGGCGGACAGCUAGACUCAGAUGAUCCUACGAGUUCAGGGGGUGAAGAGGAUGAACUUAGGAUCCCUACACCACCACCUCCCAGGGAGCAUGUGUUUGGAGGUGUCUUGGUUAUUGGUGCAGAUGACACAGAUGAAGACGGAGAAGAAGACGAACAGUCUGAGGAUGAUGACGAGGAGGAACAUGAUCUCAAUGGUGAGCCAGCUCCGGCUGUAGCAAGAGUGAGGAUAGUACAGCCAGCUGCCGACGGAGGGGUUGACGUGGUUUUUAAUCCACAAGUAGAGCCGGUGAGGCUGCCCCAAGAAGGGCACCUCUUGGAGAUUGGGCAGGCCCCAGCAGAGAUCGCUCAGCUUGUGGAAAAUGGAGUGCCAGCUGAUGAUCAGAUCGAGGCGGGUGAUCAAGCGAAUGAGCCAGGGAUUCCGGAUGCCGCUGCCGCUGCACUCAUAGCUGGGAACGAAGACUUGGAUGGAAAUGGGGAGGAUGACAUGGAAGGCGCAUUGGAAGCCAUCGGAAUGAGAGGGCCAAUAUACGGUGUUGUCCAGAACGCUGUGGUUAUGAUAUUUGUUCUGCAUUUGACAAUCGGCCUUGGUGUUUGGGUUCCAUUCACCGUAGGGAAAUCAGCCGCACUUUUAGUACUGGACCCAUACCGUUGUCUUCAAAUUCUCCACCUCCCAAUCAAAGCUAUGCGGGUGGUCACUGACCCUGUGGUGGACUCGACCAUAUUCUUAGUCACCCAUGCCAUUCUGCCAACAAUACUCCGUAUUGCCCGGAGACAAGUGCAAACUUGCUGUGCCUUCAUCGUGUUCCUCGUACGCCAUCUUCUUGGUGCCACAAUUGCCGAUAAAAUCACCCAUGCUGUACAAUCUGCAUCAGAUCGAAUACCGUCACUCAUGGAUUUCGUUGAACAACCAUUCUCGCACCUUUCUCCGUCGAUGAAGGCGACGUCCCCGGUUCAGCCCUCCCCUGGGCCCACCUCUAUCCUAUGCAAAGCGGUCAUACCGCUCGUCGACUCUCUGGGUCCUGUGGAGCCAUACUUCGCUGCUGUCGGGCGCGAAGUGCGAGUUAACUUCAUACAAGUAAAGGCCUCGUGGGAGAGGCUAGCGCUUGGCUCUGGACCCGCAGAGCGAGCUUUCGCGGUAGCAUUAGGCUAUUCUAUCGUGGCAUUCAUCCUCGCGAUAUACCUUCAUAUCUUAACUGUCGGUAGUGUCAAAAGCGCCCAUCGGGCGGUACGGAGCACCGUCCGUCAGCAAUUACUAGUACUGAAGGUCGCCGCCUUCAUCAUCAUUGAACUCGUCGCGUUCCCAUUAGGCUGUGGUAUCGUCUUGGACCUUUGCACUGUUUGGUUGUUCCCCACUACCUCUCUUGUCGCCCGGGCUACAUACUUCUUCCAAGCUCCGUUGACAGCUAUGUUUUACCAUUGGGUAGCUGGAACUGUCUUCAUGUAUUCGUUCGCGAUCUUGUUGUCUAGUUGUCGCAACAUCAUGCGUCCCGGAGCCAUGUGGUUCAUCAAAGACCCUCAGGAUCAAAACUCUCAUCCCAUCCGCGACAUUCUUGAUCGUCCCGCUUUGACGCAGCUGCGGAAGAUUUCCGUCAGUGGGCUCAUGUACUCCUUCGUCGUGGUAUGCGUUGUAAGCAGCGUCGCUGGACUUUUGGUCCUUGGAAGAAGAUCCAUCAUGCCAUUCCGCUUGAAAACUCGGGAACCUCUGUCUUCCGUGCCCAUCGACCUGAUUUUCCUCCAUCUAGUACUCCCGUACACAAUGCACUAUUUCCGACCUCGAAAGACGUUGAAGGCCCUCACAACUUCUCUCUGGAGAGCGCUGGCGAAAAGGCUGCGCCUGAGCUCCUACUUUUUUGGCGGCCGAUAUUUGGCGGAAGAGUACACUAACAAGAACUUCUUGGCUUACUUCGUAGAACCUGCAGAUCUCUUGAAUAAGGAAGCGCAGUGGGCCGGCGGGUUACGACGGGUCCCUGCCACAGACCAUAUCGCAUUGCCUAGGGACAUGAGAGCCACUGCCGCAGUGAACGAGGCUGGUGAACCUAUCGAUGACUUCAAUAAGGAGCUCAUAGCGACCCAAAACGCCGAAGCCGCACGAGCUAACCGAUCCGUCAAAGACGACUAUACAGUCGUGUAUCUUCCACCCGGAUUCCGAUAUCGACUCUUUGCUUUCAUAGCUAUUCUCUGGACACUCGGUUCGCUGUGUUUGGGGGUGGGCGUUGCCUUCCCAAUCGCACUUGGCAGAGGCUUUUUCCAUCUCUUCGUGCCCUACGAGCUGCAUGACGGUUAUUCCCUCAUCGUCGGUUUCUACUUACUCUGGGGCUGCUACCUAUUCGGUCGGGCAAUUGACAAACUCGACAAGCGUCGCCAGCGUCGUGGGGACGAGGGCCCGCGAGCUGAUCUUCGCGUUUUGAUUCUCAAGCGUGGUCUACUAUGGGUCCUCAAAAUUACCUACAUCAUCAUCUUUUUGGGCUUCGUCAUCCCUACACUCGUAUCCAUCGUUAUGGACCUAUACCUCAUUCUUCCCGUUCGCCUCCUUGUCAACCCCUCGCUGUCCCCGACGAUCCGCAUUGUCGAUGCAUGGGCACUUGGAUUAUUGUAUACCAAAAUUGCUCUCUUCACCCAGCGCAUCGGGCCAGACGCUCCUAUCAAUCAAGGCCUAAGAAGAAUCAUGAAUCACGGCUGGACAAAUCCUGACCCUGUGACGGCCACAAAAGAAGUCAUCGGCCCGACGAUGUUAGGGUUGUCUGGCAUGAUCGCUCUUCCAGCUAUGUUGUUUUUGAUAGCCAACACCUAUGCGCCAUCUUUACAGCUCGGCGCAAAGGCCACAUUCAUCUACGUCUAUCCAGUUAUCUUCGCAUUGGUCGCCGUGUCUGGCGCUGUCUCCUUGAUGUACAAGAGCCUCCUCGCUUGGUCACAGGCGGUCAGGGACAAGGAAUUUUUGGUAGAAAUGCGACUGCAGAAUCAUAUCCCCGAGACGCCUAGACCUAGCUCUUCAGCAACGCCUUCUAUUCCAUCGACAGCAUAG